AUGCAGAGUUCUCAAUUAAAUGGAACUUCUGGGUCUAACGUUACAGGCAAUCAAAUUUUUUUAGAAAAAUCAGAAUGUAAUGCAACUGAAAAAGAAUCGAAGUCACUUCGUAGACAAAACUUAAAGUUUCAUUUAAAGGUAGCAAAUUUAACAGAGACCAUCGCCGAUCUACAAAAUAGCAUUUACACAAAAGAUAUUCAAUUGGAGAACAUGCGUAAGGACGGAGAAAGAUUGUCAGCUGAAUUAAAGAAACAACAGAGAUGUAAUAGAAAUCUUAAACAACAGCUGGAUGAUGAGAGAUAUUUUUAUCAGAGAGAGAAGGAUCACUUUUGCGAAGAGAUUCAACGUCAUAAAAACAAAUGUACAAACAAUGGGUUGAAGUUACAAGAGCAACGAUGGAAAGAAUUGAAGGAUGUAAGAGACUCAUUAGAUGAGGAAAAUAAACAAUUGCGCGAGGAGUUAGCUGAGAAGAGUGAGAUCACAUAUAAUUUGUGUAUUAAAUUUCUGCGUAUGAAGCAUGCAAAGGACACGCUUAGACAUAAGUUUGAUCAGUUGCACCGGGAACACUUAAGAGUAAUGGAAGAAAUGAUGGAGAAGCUCGACGAAGCUAGGGAAGAACUUAAUGUGAUUAUAUCGGAGAAGUUUCAAGAACCAUUGCCAGUUAACAAGGCUAAAUUCUUGCAAGUCGUACAAAGAAAUACUCGAUUGGUUUAUGAGAAUGCGACUUUGAGAGUACAGAUUCAGCAUCUUACGCAAACUUUAAAUAAAUUGAAGAACUAUACGGAGAAGCCUAAAGCAAUUAAAGUUGAUGCACGUAUUAUAGCGAAACUUGCUACUCAAAGUCGUAGAAGGCAAGAUUCGGAAAUAAUUCGAAAAUGUGUUGCAACAUCUUGUGUUACCCAACCAGUAAAUAUAUCGGCCAGCAAUUCGAGUACAAAUAACAGCAAAUCGGCUGAUAAAACAACAAAUGAAAAAGCAGCCUCAAAGAUUCGGGCUAAAGCUUGUGAUAAAUAUAAGUUUGUAACCGUAAAGGAAGACUCUCAAGAAACAAGUUCGAUUAAAUCUAAAGUUGGAUGUAUAAAAGAGAAUAAAGAAAAAGAAAUGGAUCAAAAUAAUUCCACUUCUACGACCAGUACGGAUAGUACAACGGAACAUUUACAAAAAUAUAUUGAAGUACGUGACGUGUGUACGAACACGUGACAGGAGAAGUGAAAAGUAGUUUUUAAAAUCGAUUAUAUGUUAGUGAUUCAUGUUCGCUAUUUCAAAAGGAACACCUAUAUUAAUAAAAUUUCCCUAACAUUUGACGUAAAUAUACCUUUAAAAAAAAAAAAAAAAAAAAAGGUACAGUGAAAAUAUUGACAAAUGUACGUUUAAAUACGUUAUAGAAAUCCUUGUUUUUUGUUAAUUAUAAUAAUGCUUGAAGAAAUGAAAAUAAGAAAGUUGGAAAUAAUUCAUUUAAUCUAAAGGAAUGAGAAUAUAUUUACAAAUGAU